AUGAUAAGCAGAGAAGCUAUCAGUCCUGCACUGGCUCCUAAGGAUGGUAAUUGGGGUUUUGAUAUCGCAGAGCGUGAAGCAAUUCUCCCAGCUGGAACAGUGGAUAAGAAUGCAAAAAAGAUGUAUAAAGAGCACCAGUUGCGCAAAUGGGAAGGGCCAGUUUUGGGUGCAAGAGCUAGAUAUGAGCAAGUGAUUAAGGACCUUGCAGAUAAUUAUCAUACCGAGAACUUGCUGCUUGUCACACAUGGGGAAGGAGUUGGAGUGGCUCUUGCUGCUUUCUUAAAGAAUGCCAUAGUAUAUGAAGUAGACUAUUGCGCAUAUGUAGAGCUUAAACGACCCAUUUUCAAGGAAGAUCAAUCUUUUACUGCUGGAGGGUUUGAAGUGCUUACUCGUUCUGGUCAAACCGGCAUUGGUUAUAUCCACCCGAGUGCUUAAACCAUUGAAGCCAGCAAAACAUGAUAGUUAGGAAGCAUAGAUUGGGACUGGAACCACACUUCAUGUCUGCGGAUAAAAUCUUCCUCAUAGUCAGACGAGGAAUUCAAAAUAUCGAAGGAGGAGGCAUUUCCCCAGUUUGUUCACAGUGAGUUAAGCAUAAACUUUGUUGAUUGAUCCCUGCGUUGUUGCAAAUGUGUAAUUUGUCUAUUCUGUGCUGCUGUAAGCCGAAAUAGGAUUACCCCUCCUUGGAUUUGUAUUUGUAUUUUUUCUACCAGAUAAGGUUUUGCAGAACUAACUCCAGACUUGAAUGCCAUCAUGCUUGAGGAAACCCAUUGGAACAAGACUUUUUACUCAA